UGCAUACCUUCUCAUGAACUCACUCUCGGGCAUUCAACUAUCGGUUUUUAGAUUGGAGACACAAAGACGCGCUCUCUGUUUCUUUCGACUGAAGGAGAAACAAUCUCAGGUUGAUCCGGAAGAGAAAUCGGCUUCCUAGCAAGGUGAUUGGCCUCAGUGUUUGACCAGGGAACUCAAAGUUCAUGGACGAUGGAAGCAAUUGUCAUCCGUCACCUGUAAAGGAAAACCGCCUCGUUGCAGUGCCUGUCGUCGCUGGUUCAUCCGGUUUAGGUUUGCCUUAUGCACCUGAAGAUUGGCCGUGUCCUGGAGAUCGAUGGCGUUGGAAGGUAGGCAGCAGAAAGUCUAGCUCUGGCCAUUGGGUCGAUAGGUAUCUUUAUGCUCCUCCCACAUGUCCAAAAUCUGGUGGUAGGAGACACGGAAACGGAUUUCCUAGCAGGGUAUCAGUCGAAGAAUAUAUUCGGAAGGAAUUUCCUGACGCUGAUGUCAAUGCAUUCUUUUCUUCGUUUAUCUGGCGGGUUCCUUGUGCAGAUUUCACCCCCCAAAAAGAGAAUGAUAACUAUGCCUGCUCAUAUUCCAGAAGUUUUGAUACCAAUGAACGAACCAAAUGUGAAUUGGCAAUUGGGCCUGGUGAUUGUAAAGCUGGAAAUGUGAUGUGCAGCUUACAGGGCAAAGUAAAAACCAACACUUCAUCAGCCAAGGAUUGUGAUAUCUGCUGCAGUGAAGUUGGUUUCUGUCACGACUGUUGUUGUAUCCUGUGCUGCAAAACUGUUGAUUGGGCAUAUGAAGGUUAUGGUUUCAUUAGAUGUGAAGCAAGCGUGGAUGAGCAAUACAUAUGUGGGCACGUGGCACAUGUGGAAUGUGCUCUUCGUUCUUACAUGGCUGGGACUGUUGGAGGAAGCAUUGGUUUAGAUGUGGAAUAUUACUGUAGACGAUGUGAUAAUAAAACUGACCUAAUGCCUCAUGUGACCAAGCUUUUAAAAGUUUGUGAAUCUGUUGAUUCCAAGGAAGACAUGGAAAAAAUUCUGAAUUUGGGUUUUUGUAUCUUGCGUGGCUCUGAACAGGAAAGAGCUAAGAAUUUGCAGAAUCAUAUUCGAUUCGCCAUUGCUAAGCUUAAACGUGGAGUUCCUCUUGAUGAAAUCUGGAAAGUGGAAGAUAGCAUCACAAUACUUCCUGCAGGAGAUAUGCAUCAUAACGGAAAUGAGAUAACAGUUUUAGGGGCAAUGGACACCAGAACAGAAGAAACUAGAGAUGUUUGCAGACACAAAGUUGAACUCUUGAAGAAAAUAGAAGCAGCUGAUUGCAGAGCUCAGAGCUAUAUAACAUCAGACUACAAUAGUGUAUCUGUGAAGCUUGAAGGUGAAAUCGAUCAGGUUCUUCGACAGCUGAAAAGAUCGCAGGAAAUGGAAUACAGGAUUGCAGAACAAAAACUGUAUGUUCAGAAGGAUUAUCUUCUCAGCUUGUAUCGACAGCUUGACUAUGAAAGAGCUGAACUUGAAAAUCCUGCGCCUUCACCCGUUGCUGGUGAUUGUGAUGCUCUUCUAACUAAUGUCCUGCACCGAGUGGACCAAAUAAAGCACGAGGAAGAAAAACUGAGGGAAAUGAUGAAAAUUGCCAGUGGAUUUGGGCAAACACCUAAAAGUGUUCUUGGAGAUCACUAUGGGCUAGUCAUCAAUGAUUAGCUCGAAGUAAAGGAGAUGUUUUCAUUGGAAACUGUAUCAAUUUGUGUUGUGCUUCCUUGUAUUUCUUAUCUGGGGCAAGGGGGAUUCAAGAUUCAUUGUUAGAAAAGGUAAAUGUUCGUUGCUUCCCCUGGUUAAAUGCAAAAGUUUGUGCAAUGAAACUGUCAGAUCCCCAGUUCAGAUGCUAAAGAAUAUAGAUUUCUUUUUUCCUUUUGGUUCU